AUAAGGCACCUUCCAAAACUGUCCAAAGCUCUUGCUUUGCAACGACUUUUUCUAUGAGCACCACUGGAGUAACCUGGAAGACAUACAGUAUUGAAAAUGUCCAUUGCCAAGGAAGCGGCAAGGGCCAUGCUCUCUGAUGCCCUGUUGCCAGACAGUGCCGCGCUAAACCGGAUCAGCCACCUGGAGAUGGAACUUCCCUUGGACAGGGUCAUCAAAUAUGUAUCUGUUGGCCUCCCUCUGUUGCUGGUCUGCAUGGCCUUUGCCCGUGAGGUGUCCCUCGGGCCGCAGAUCAGCUGUUUUCCUCCCAGCAAUUUCACAAUGAAGCAGGCCAGCUAUGUUGAUACAUAUUGCUGGGACUCCCUCAUGCAUCACGAGUUUGACGGCAAUGGCAACUUUGAGGAGCGCUCCCUUUGGGUACACAAAAUGUUCCCGUAUUCUCUUCUGGCUAUGGCGGUGUUAAUGUAUCUGCCAGCUCUUAUCUGGCGCCAGCUUGUUAUGCCUUCCCUGGGCUCAGACCUGCUCUUCGUCAUUGACGAACUGGAUAAAUCGUACAACCGCUCAGUCCGAUUGGCUCAGAGCAUCCUUGAUAUGCGUCAGAACACCAAGAACCCAUUAACGUUUCAAGCAGAGCUGCAGAGAGCAAAGAGGAAGCGGUACUUUGAGUACCCCCUCCUGGAGAGAUACAUGCAAUGCAAGCAAAACUCCUACUUCCUUGUGAGCAUGCUUUUCCUGCGAGGCUUCCUCCUGCUGACCUUCAUGACAGCUGCCUGUCUUUAUCUGGCCUACUUCCACCUGUCCGCCUUCCUGCAGGAUGAGUUCAGCUGUUUUGUGCGUAGCGGCAUGCUACGGGAUCAGAACUGGAUUCCUGAGCUGGUUCAAUGUAAAAUGAUCGGCCAGUUGGUCUUUCAGGUGAUCAGCGUGGCUAAUGGGGCCAUCUAUGUUCUGUUGGCACCAAUUGUCCUCUUCAGUGUCAUUCGGCUCUUCGUUUGGGACACCACCUUCAUCUCCGUAUACGAGGUCCUUCCAGCCCUGGAUGUUCUCAACAAACGCAGGCUAGGAUGUCCCCUGAAUGAUCUCAAUGUGCUCCUGCUCUUCCUGCGGGCGAAUGUCGCACACCUCAAGUCAUAUGGGAAGGUUCGAGCUUUAUGCUCUCUGGCACCGCCCAUGGUUGGUAAGACGACAGCGGGACAAGGACUGAACGCACUGCUGAGCCAAGAGGAGUUGGAAGAACGGGAGGAGGCCGCAAUGGAGUUGGCCGAGGAGGUGCAGGAAGCCAAAGAGGAAGGAAAGUUCAACCUUGUGGAUAUCAUGACUAUUCUGGGAGCGGCGCAGGGAAGAAUUGUAAACUGCAAUGAACAGAGGCCAAUGGUGGAAGAGAAUAUGAGUUUUGGUACCGUAACACUGAUCUACACACUUAAACGUAUCCUACUUGUGGCUAUUUUCACCUACAUCAUUUGGGAUGUACAGAAAAUCAUUAAGUGAACUUGACAACUGUCAAUGUUCUAAAAAAAAAAAUGUUCACAUUACAUGCAAGUGUGUUAAUGGCGAUCAUUGUUCUGCACAAUUUUUAGUUUGUAUUUUGAUGCUUUAUGAGCUUUCCACAUUUCCAUACUGAAUCACCUCUAUCAGUCAGAGUGAAAACUAACGGUGAAUGUGGGAGGGAUGGAUUUGUAGUCAUUCUAACGACCUCUCUGUCUCUUCACAGAGCCAAACCACCAGGGGUACCAUGAGUUGAAGGAGACUGCACCAUUUAGUCAAUACUAGGCCUCCUAUGGACUGACUCAUUGUGAAAAGCUGGGGGGAGGAAGGUUUUGGACACUCGAAGGGGCAUAUUCUCCCAUGUGCUUGAGUCAGAAAAGGUGCGCUGUGGCACACUUUUUUGGGGGGAGGGGCUGCACAGAUUCUCCCAUCGACUUAAGUAUAACAUUUUUGCACCUUCAUGAAAAAUGCGCAUUCUGGGUGAAGCGACCAUGAAAUGAGUGUUCUGUCAGAAAGGUAGCCAUGUUUUUUCUUUUUUUUGUCUUUAACAUUCAUUAUAUUAAAUACAGCGUCCUGUGAGGGUCAAACAUCAUUUUGCACGUUGUGAGUUAUUUCGGCUGCUCUCUGACGGAUGGUGAGAGCCAUCACCGGCCAAUCAGCAUUUCCACAUGCUGAUGGGGGGUGGGGAGAGGUGGGGGGGGUGCUUAAAGUUUUAAAAGCGGCCAUCACAGACAUUGUGAUGGCGCCAUGAAUUCGAUUUUGAGCCAUUUGUUUAUUUAUACAACUUAAUUUAUACAGCACUUUCACAACAGCUGCAGUUGUAACAAAGCCCUUUAACAGUUAGAAUAACAAAAUAAUAUAACACAUGACAUCAGACACGGACAGUCAUGCAAUCUUAAACCACUAUUCCUGCAUACAUUUUGUUCGUUGAAGUAGUACUAGAUGAAAGAGAAGAGAAUCAAAGUGUCCCUUCACCAGUGGAUCAGAGACGUCAUGCUCAAAAUGUGCACACGUCGCCUACGAGCUAAAUUUACAAGACGAAAAAAAAAGAGAUUGGUUCGGUUUACUUCUCUUGUCCCAUAUAAAUCCGCUUCAAUUUCAAGCGCGACUCUCAGUUCCAAACACGCAUUUGCGCUCCACGCUGACGCUCCUCUCUCCUCAUCCUCGGCUUAGCAGCCAUCCAUUCAGCCGCACCAACGCAGACUGUCCAACAGCGCCGACAUCUCCGCUGAACAAAACGGGGCUGUGAAAAUUGGUGCCCAUGACAGGUGC